UCCAGUCGUUGCAACGACCAAGUGGACGAAUAAACAUGAAUCGAUUCUCACGUUUUUGGAGGCAGCGCUUUUUGGAAUUCAGUUUAGGUUCUGAUUUUUUCCGGUUGUCCGAUUCAAUCUGUUUGAUUUCAGAGAAACGACUUCCUCAAACAAAAAGUCCAUCAAUCCGAGUAGUAUGGACCAUUCUGAGCUUAUUGCAUGCCUUUCAGUACGGUUGCUUCGUCGCCGAGUUGAUCAAUUGUAUCAAUCAAACCCCUUUGGACAAAGACAAAUUUACGGCAGUGAUAAAUCUUGUUAUCCCACUCGGAGUCGCCAUAUUGAGGGGAAUAUGUCUAGCAUAUCACCGCGAGGUGAUUCUACAGCUUAAACAGUACAUAAAUUCAAAAUCCUGCCAACAAGCCGAUAUCGAAUCAUUCGAAUUACGAAAGAAAAAGUAUCGGAAGGUCAACCGAUACCUGGCGGCUUUUCAUUGCCUGACUACGGCGAACAGUUUCACUUGGGCGCUCACCGGUGGAUUGAACGGAGAAAAUGUCAUCAGGAUUCCAGUCAAUGUGUCAAAUUGGUCAAAGAGUUUCCAGUAUGGACUGGAUGUUGGUUUCGCGUUGAUUAUGGUCCCGUGGUGCUUCACGCUGUGGCACAGCCCCACACAGUUUGUAACUAUUUUAAGCGUUUUACACUCCGAGCUUCGCAUAAUUGUGAAUCAGUUUGAUGGAUUGUUCGAAAAAGUGGUCUCCAAUUAUGCAUUGGAUCCAAUUGACCUAGAUGAAUUGGAAUUGUCGCAGAGAGGAUGCUUCUGGGCCGAACUGGAUAAGUCAUUCAAAAAUGCUAUACGUCAUCAUUCGGCAUAUAUCAGGAACUUUCAACUGCUCAGAAAAAUGUCCAGUCUCAACUUCUUCAUAUUUCUUUGCUUGAGUGCCGUAAUAAUAACGUUCAACAUUUUCCCAUUCAUUGUAAACCCAUCAUUUGAACUGCUACCUUUGCAACUGCUGGCCAUGCAGUACGCAUCGGAAUCCUACCUGUGCUGCACUAUGUUUGACAAUCUGGAGGCUGAGAAUCAAAAAAUCUCAAAAUACGUCUACGCAAUCGAUUGGCUUAGUUCGAUGCGCCACGAUAGGCACAAUGUAUGCGACAGAAUUCACCGCAGGUCUAUUGAACAAAAUGCCAUCAUUCUACACCAGCAGAUCAACAAAGGGUUAUCCAUCAAGGCCGGAGGCAUGUUUCCCCUCAACCUUGCAACGUUCACCCAGCUGAUGAAAUCCGUCUACUCGCUGCUGACGCUGCUGCUUCAGUCUAUGGAUUAGAAUAGUUUCAUUGAAUUUCGGAAAGUCUAGAACUAAGAAUGGUGAUCCUCAGAACGAAUUUGAAUCAAAUUAUUUAUUACUCAUAUCAAAUCACUGUUGCAGUAGAAUGUAGAAACGACACAUAGAUUUUAUACGCUAUUUGAUACACUGGAAAGGCCACCUAAUUUAUUAGUUUUUGAUUAUGUGCGUUGAUUCGUCAAAUAAUAUUUAAAAAAGCAAAAACUUAGACACAUGUGUUGAGUUAAAUUUAAUUGUAAUUUAUAAAGAAACGUCAUUUUUUGCAACACAAGGAAAAUAUACAACAAAUUUGUACUGUAUUUCACAUAGUUAUUCAUUCAAGUUAUUCGCUCGAUACAAUUAAAAUUAUAAAUCAACGAACACAUUGCAGUUUUUUAAUGAUACGAAGUUAUUACUUCAUGCGUUCUUUUUCUUAAAUUAUGCAUAAAUUAACAAAACAUAUAAUACACUCUUAAGUAUGAUUAGUGACUUUGGAGCUUAUGGUAAGUAUUAUGCGUUUAGAGUCUACUGAAUGUCAGCAUUCAGCAUUUUAAGAACGAUAGUGAUUAUCUACAAAUUGCGCAAAGUUAAUGUUUCAACGUAACUUGUAGAUGAACUCAUAACAUAAUCGGAGAGUGACACUGCUGUUGGUGACUUAAAAUUAGUUUUCAAUUAUAUUAUAACUUAUCGAACUACAUAUAUUUUCUAUAUUCAUUCAGCAAAGGAAAUGUUUUCAUGCUUGAAAUAUUAUGCGGCAAACUAAUAUUAAAAGAGAAACAAUACAGAUGUUACUACAGUAGGUAAUGGCAAGAUGGUAGUAUAAUGUAAAUUAUAUUACAGAGAGUCAUUCAAAAUGAAAAGGCAACACGCAAAAAAAAAUGAUGUAAGCAUAUCGGACACGCAAGUAGGCAUUGCAUAGAAACGUAGGUAGGUAUAUUGAUAGUGUUGUUUUAAAAUUUUCCGUUCUAUGUCAUAAUUAAGCAGGUAAUCUUUUUCAUUAAAAAAACUGACUCGCUCGGUCGAAAGAUUCAAAUACAGUGUUGGUAAAUUAAACUGAAAUCUCAAACAAACUUGCUGACGAUUUUUAAUGGAUGCAUCGAGCUCGAACUCAUUCACUGAGAAAUAAUUUCUGAAAGGCGUCAAAACACAAUCGUGAUAGCUAAAUUUGUUUUUAUACAUAUCAGCAUAUCUGUCAAAUGUUAGUUGGGUAUUCCUCUAUAGUUUAUUGCGUUGAAGUCAAUAAAAAUGCGAAAUUUUGCGAUAAUAGGAUGUAUGCAUUUUGAAACUUUAAAUGCGUUUUUCCUAUUUUUCUCGUUUGUAACAUGUGACAUUGUACGCAGCACUUUUCGCUCGAAAACCCCGAAAGCUCUCCGGUCCGCCUCUUUUAAUGUCCUUGUUUCAAGUCCAUAAAGGGCCACCGCUAGAAUCAGAGUUUUGUAUAGAGCAAAUUUGCUUUCCGUCUGCAUGUUGCGGGACCUAAGCUGGUUACGUAAUCCGUAAAAGGCCCUAUUCGCAGCAGCAAUACGUCUUUUCACUUCACGGGAACCGUCAUUAUCACAUGUCACAAGCGCUCCAAGAUAAACAAAUUCUUCAACAACUUCAAACACACCCCAUCAAGCACUACCUCUGCACCAACACCACUAGGUCUUCCCCUGUUAGGGAAACUAUAAAAUGGUGUGUGGCGCAGACGCAUGGAUCAUGAGCUGUAUCAAGUAUACAUAAGAAAAUAUUGUGAAUCGUAUAAAAUACGGCAGACUUCAGUGGGCUGGUCACUUAGUGCGAAUGUCGGAAGAAGGAAUAGCGAAAAUAGCGAAAACAAUAUUCAACAGAGUACCAGAUGAGGGCCGACGACUUCGUGGAAGGCCACGAACACGCUGGCUGCACGCGGUGGAAUCGGACCUCGGGACCCUGAACGUUCGGGGAAACAGGAGGAACAACGCCCAAGACCGACAAUUAUUAUGGAGCUCUACAAUACGCCAGGCAUAGGUGUAUCGACGCUGUAGCCAACCAGGUAUCCAGUACAUUUAUGCGUCUGACGGCAGCAUAGUGUUAUAAACCACUCGAUUUAGCUCGACGAACUGAGCAAAUGUCUGUCUGUCCGUGCGUGUGUGUGUGUAUGUAUAUAUGUACGACGUACGUGUGUGUACAAAAAUGUAACCAACUUUGCAUACAGUUAUAAUUAACCGACUUUAUCGCAACAACUUGCAUUCGAAAGGUGGAAAAGUUGAUUGCUAUUGAAUUUGAUAACGAUCGAUAACGUUCAAAAGUUAUAAAAAAAUAUGAACCAAACCGAAAAGGUUGGUGUCUUGGCUAAAUGCAAGAAAGGCAGUACUACUAAUAGGUGGUUUAAUAUGGGUUUUUAUCUUUAUAAUAGAAACUUUCAGCCCGGGGCUGACUCGUCGUUUUUCGUAGGAAAUAUUAGCUGCUUAUGUUGGGUUAUAGACUCGUACGUAGUUAGUACUAAUUAUCAGCAAUUAACUUUUCCUGGCCAAUUAACUUGCUAUUAGUUGAGAUUUAUCGAGCCUUUUGUGCUUGUAUACCUAUUUUGUGUCGAAAAAUAGCACGUCUAUACGUCUGAAGUUUUGUUAUCAUGAAUUAAACAUAAUAAUGUAGCAGUUAUAAUUUUAGUAAUCUACCCACAGAGAACAGACGUUCAUCUUCAUUCGCGUUAAAUCGAUUUAAAUCUUUACACACGUUUUAAAGGAAAUUUUGUUCGAGCAUCCACGUCUGUUCUCUAUGGUCUACCCCCUAUACUGGUAAUGUGAGAGUACGCAAUUCCUACCCCCAGUUUAAGUUCAGUGCGUUUUCCGGUAGAGUUUUAAAAAUCAGCAUAUCCGCUUUCGUCAGCACACUCGAUGUUAAGCUAGCGAGGAGUGAACAUCUAAAUAAAUAUACUUCAAUAUCAGAAGUGGGAUUGAAGAAAAUAACUCGGGUUCUUAUUGGCAUUACAUCCCCACGCUGGGACAGAGCCGAGCGCAGCUUAGUGUUCAUUUAAGCAUUUCCACAGUUAUUAACCCUCUCUUUCCCACGACUUUUUUCAAAGAUUUCAAUAGGAAGGAAUCAUCUAUGGAAAAAAUGCUUGAACAAAAGUUGUUUGGCAUAGCUAAAAUUAGUGAAAAACGAAAAAAAGUUUUUGAUUGUAAAUCAAUAGUUGCUUGAUUGUUUUCAAUAGUUUCACUAUUUUUACUCAAAAUUGAUUAUAUUUGCAGUCUAAUGGAACCAUAAAGUUUUGCCAAAUACUGCUUUUUGUGAUUGAAAUAAUUCUAUGAAUGUUGGAAGGUGCAAAAUUUGAUGGAGCUCUACAGCUACCAUGGGAAGGAAAGGGUUAACUGUGAGGUUUCUAAGCCGAAAAUUGCCUAGACCGGCACCGGGAAUCGAACCCAGCCACUCUCAGCAAGGUCUUGCUUUGUAGCCGCACGGCUAAAGAGGGCCCUUCAUCAGCAUUAGUGUAUACGAUAGUGCAAAGCGAGCUAUGGACGGAUGUCGAAAAUGAAACGUCGACGGAACGCUACUGACCUGCUACUGACGAAAAAGAAGGAUAUAUUGGAGCAAUGGAUAUCAAGCAGUAGAACAACCAAGAAGGGGAAAACGUGGUUCAAAAAUGAGAUCAUCGAUACCGACGAAGACAGGAAUGCUGACAUGUGAUGCCAUUAUCGGUCGGCGAUUGCUGAAACUGCUCGCUGAUUUGGGCAGCGCGGUCAGUCUUUUAAAACGAUCGGAAUCAUCGGAAAAACCGAAAGCGGUUAAGUACAUUGCAUCAAUUCGGCUAAAGGAAGAUAAGUACAGUAGCCGUUCGAUAACUGCAAAAUGUUUACUUUUCAGUUAACGAAUGCCGUUCGAUAACUGCAACGCAUUCUAGACGUCAAACGGUUGUCAAUCGACGUCAGAUGCAAUAAAAGUGCAUCUAAAUGUGCAGCGCAAUGCAGCUGUCAUUGAGUUUGACAUCAGUUUGAAGUUUAGCGGUCCGAUAACUGCAAAACUGUUGCAACUAUCGAAUUGCAGUUAAAAAGCAUUGCAGUUAAAUGACUUGCAGUUAUCGAACGUCUACUGUAUUUCAAUGUCCUGCCGCAAAGGUUCAGUAAAUUCGAGCGUGAUGCUGUGGAUGAAAUAUUGGAUAGUUGGUUGACGGUUGGCAUUAUCCGCGAGAGCGAGUCCCCAUAUUCAGGUAGAGUGAUACUUGUGAAGAAGAAGAAUGGGCGUACUCGUUUUUGCGUUAAGGACAAGUAUCACAGAAUCUAAAACUAAAUUCACUCGCGUUUUCAAGGGCACACCACUCAAUAUGAAAGCAUCCUACAACUUUCAUUAUUAUUAUUCCACGCAUGCUGCGACGCAGCAAAGCUGAAAUAAUAAAAUCAAAAGUUGUCCGCUGCCUCCGUAUUGAGUGGUGUGCCCUUGGAAACGCGAGUGAUGGAUCCUGUGAUGCUUUUCCUUAAUUUCGAAACUUUGAAUAAACCGUUGGAACGUGAUCGAUUUCCCCUUCCAGUAUUCGAAGACCAGAUUUUCAAACUUAUAUAUAAUAUUAAAGAUAUAAAGUAUUUCUCUACUAUGGACAUAGAAAAUGGAUUCUUUCAUGCCGCACUGUCGGAAGAAUCUAAAAAGUACACAUUAUAUUACAUUUUAUUUUUACUUCUAUGAACAUGCAAACAUAUAAAUGACUUCACUUCGUUAAAGCGAAGAACCAUCCCCAAUUUUGUGACCAAAUAAUCUAGAAAUUUUCCCAAUCAAUUAACUCGCGUUAGAGUCACCAGUCGAUUUUGAAGAUCAAAACUACAAAUGCAACACAUGAGCAUCGCGAAUACAAACUUUUAUUUUUUUAUUUUGUCGUCCAGUGAAUCAGAUAGUCCAUCGUCCGGCAGACCGAAUGCAACACGUUGAUGCCUUUGGGCUUAUUCUACGAGUGGAGUGACGUGAGAUUGCUCGAAUGACGUGAGAAGAGUCGUAUAGCCCCAUUUGAAUAACAUGGUCACCUCACGUGAGAAUUGCUAAAAUCGACUCACCUCACGUCACUCGACUCGUAGAAUAAGCCCCCUUGGCAAGGAUGUAUGUACAUGUAGUUGAUGUGAACGAAGGAGAACGUAGCUUGUUUGGUUUUGAAGAUCGUUACGAUUUGUUGUACAAAGUGGAAAAUAGUCGCCUACUUCUAUACUGCUGUGAAUCGCAUAUUUGUACCAUAUGACUAAGAAACCCAGCAAAAAUGGGACAUCUAUGCGAUUCACGGCAGUGUAUAUCCCGAAGGAUAUGGAGGAGUCUGUCAUAUUCAGGUUUCAUGAUUCUCUCGGUCAUUUCGGUAAAGAUAA